GUUUGCCCUCUCCUCUAUCACACUCACGCAAAUAUCUAAUUUAUUCACGAAUUUCCACGAUGGGGUCCUCUCAAUAUUACUUAAAUAUAAAAGUGGAGGUUGCGCGGGAUGUUGAUGGUUGAUGCUCAGCUACAACAAUCCAAGGCAGUACGGACUUUGCUUGGAUGCCCGGUGCAAGUUUCAGUAUGAGCUGGAGCGCUUUGAAAAGCUGCUGGAGAAGCACUGAGAUCAGGCGAACACUUUUCCUACUGUUCCUGGGUCAGGUCGUCUCCUUUUCACUUGCGCUUGCCAGCUUAACUUCAUCUCUGAUAGCCAAUCUUGGUGUAGAUGCGCCUUGUUCUCAGACUUUGUUUGGUUACUUAUCUUUGGCUUUGGUUUAUGGGAGUGUUUUGCUGUAUAGGCGUCAGAAACUACUGGUUUCUUGGUAUUGGUAUCUCCUUUUAGGUUUUGUCGAUGUUCAAGGCAAUUAUCUUGUUAACAAAGCAUACCAGUUCUCAUCAAUUACCAGUGUAACGUUGUUGGACUGUUGGACAGUAGCAUGGGUCAUAAUUAUGACGUGGAUCUUCUUAGGCACUCGAUACUCCUUAUGGCAGUUAUUUGGUGCAGCCGUCUGUGUGGUUGGCCUUGGCUUAGUGCUCAUCUCUGAUGCCGGGGUGGGUGGUGGAGGUGGUUCAAAACCUCUACUAGGGGAUACACUUGUCAUUGCAGGGACAAUUUUCUUUGCAAUGAGCAAUGUUGGUGAGGAAUUUUGUGUUAAGAAAAAAGAUCGUGUUGAAGUAAUUUCUAUGAUCGGUGUUUAUGGAUUUCUAGUGACUGUGGUUCAGGUAUCUAUACUGGAGCUAAAGACUCUGGAAUCAGUUGAGUGGUCUGCAGAUAUUAUAUUAGCCUUUGCUGGCUAUGCUCUAGCAAUCUUUAUGUUCUACUCCCUUGCUCCUUUCGUCCUCAAGCUAAGCGGAGCAACAAUGUUCAAUCUCUCUCUCCUAACAUCUGAUAUGUGGGCAGUUGUUGUUCGCAUUUUUAUCUACCAACAAGAGGUAGAUUGGUUAUACUAUCUUGCUUUUGCACUCGUAAUUAUUGGACUCAUCACUUAUUCAACAACUGAGAAGGAUCCCGUUCCUUUACCAGCUCUCGUGGGUGGAAACUCCAAUGAACAGUACCAAGAGCUUGCUAACGAAAGUGAAGCAUCUAGAAAUGAGUCUUUGGCUUCAUGAGGGGCAAGGCAGCUUGCAGUAUAACUUGAGUUUUCUAUCCGAUUAGUGCCAUGAUUGUAGCUUGAGUACUAACAAUUUAAGAAAGACUGAUAUGGUUUACCUUCGCGGCAGGUGUUGAAGUACUGAAAUACACUUGUACUUUACCAAUCACAAUUGUAUGGUACUUCACUAACCACAAUUGUACUUUACUUGAACUACAGUAUGAAUCUAUCAUAUGUACGUUGUAAUUUAA